GGUGCCACUAAUAGCGGCCGGCGUGAAAAAGCCUUUGCUUGGUGUGGCCAUUAAAUGCCGGGGAGCGUUUCCAAGGUGACGGCUCAUCGGCGGUGCAGGGGUGGGUGCGGGUGACGGUCAGCUGGGUUGAGUGUUCACCGAAGUCAAUCCAGUCCAUGAAGAAAAGAAAAACUGGUUAUUGUUUUGUGUUGUUGAGACGGACUUUCUUUUUCUUGGUGCUCGGAUCCAAAAAGGUGGGAGGGUGCAAGCGUACAAAGACCGAAGCAAUGUUUCCUUUGAGGAACCAAGCACAACCACACAGCCAAAAUAUGGACAUGGAACUCACUUUGAUGAGUAACGUAUGAUGCAGGCCCAAAACAAGGCAACAUAUGUGUGAUGGGCGUGGCCUGUGCGCCUGCGGGGAAGCGGGGUGUGGCAGGGCCGGCCUCGAGGUUGGCGACAGGUGAUUGGAUGACACAGCUGACAGUGUUUGUCUAAUCACCUGGCGCUCUGUAAAAGGCCGCGGUCGGGAGGCGGCGGGAGAGAGAGACGGACAUAUCGUUGCUGGCAACAGAAAGACUGUGUGGAAAGGAGAGACAAAUUGCUGUAAAGCAUUCAGGUUUAUUGAAAAAUAAAGCAUUGUUGAACCUAAACCAAGUCUGUCAUGUCUAUCCUUGGUGGUCCGGAGAACCCGGAAGCAAGAGUCUUCCGCAACUUGGGGCCCAAUCUGGCAGGAUCACCGGAGGCAGGGGAAGACGACCCCCUGACAAAUUUAGCGAGUGUGCUCGCCGAGGUGGCAGCAAGCAGCCGCCAACAGUGCCAAGUUCUGCGGGCGUUGGCGGACCUGGUGGGCAGGGCACGGCCAGGGCCAACGGCCGUCACCAUGCACCGCAUGGGGGAUUAAGAAGAUCCCCAUUCCUUCCUGGACAAGAGUGGGGUGUGCGGCUCUUGCCGCUCCUGACGGGGGAGGCGCAGCAUGCGGCGCCCAGCCUGCCAGCGGCAUCCAGGGUGCGCUUCACUGACCCGAGAAGGGCGGUGCUGGACCAGACGGGAGGCACCGCUGAACAAUAUUGACGCCGGUUCCGGUUCAUGCAUCUGGGGAAGGAGGUCCGGCCAUUCGCCUUUUCCCAGCGGCUUCAAGAGGCAGCAACGCGCUGGCUGCAGCCAGGAGAGGGAGAGGGCCGACUGCUGGACCAGAUCAUCCGGGAGCAGCUCUUGGAAGCGAUCUCCGAGAAGACGGCCGACUGGGUCCGGUACCACCGCCCACUUGACCUGGCAGCUGCAGUGACCCUCGCUGAGGAUCACCUGGCUGUCCACCGCGAGGCGCAACCCGCACCAAUGGCGCACGGACGGAGCGCACGAGAUGAUGAGGGAGAUCUGCACAUCCCCCGCUUUAACCCGCAUGACUCCCCGUCUGUUCUUUCCCCGCAGGUCCCGACUGCUGUCCCCAGAACAUCUCCCGCGCAGACGGCCCCUCAAACACUUCUGCAGGCGUGUUAUAGGCGUGGGCGGCCCGGUCGAGUGCGUCAGGUACCUCAGCAGGUGGAGGUGGGGCGCGUGGCCGCGGUGGCCGGCCCUUCAGUGCCCUCCACCGACCCGGGUGAGACGUACGGUAUCAAGGUAAUGAUACAAGGGAGUACUUACCAGGCAAUGGUGGAUUCGGGCUGCGGGCAGACCAUGAUCCACCAGAACCUGGUUCGACCCGGGGCUUUGAGGCAUGCAACACGGCUAAAAAUCCGGUGUGUUCAUGGGGAUGUGCACGAGUACCCGAUUGUGCCAGUUGAAAUUUGGUAUGAUGGCCAAAAGCAUAGGGUGGAGGUAGCUGUAAGUACGCACCUCUCGCACCCCGUAAUUUUGGGCACAAAUUGGCCGGGGUUUAGGCGCUUACUGACACAAUGCGUAGGAGUGCGUUCACAGACCGUAGGGAAAGGGAGUAUCUGCGCAGUUCUCAGUGGCGAGGCGGGGCCAUCCGACACUGCCGAACGGGAACCGGCGGAUGCUUCGCGGGAAGCCUCCCCGCCCCCCUAUUGGCGUCCUACGGAGGAUUUUCCACUUGAGCAGUCUCGAGACGAAACUUUUCGCGCGGCCUGGGACCAAGUAGAUUAUAUAGACGGUCGGCCGAUGCGCCCGGGAACAGCGCGGUUAUUCCCUCACUUCUCCAUUAUGAGAGACAGAUUAUACCGAGUGACCCGUGACACUCAAACAGGAGAGGAAAUCACCCAGUUGUUGGUGCCAAAACGCCGCCAGGAAAUGGUUUUCCAGGCGGCGCAUAUUAAUCUUAUGGCUGGAUAUUUGGGGUAUGAUAAAACACUGAAUAGGGUCACGGUCCGGUUCUAUUGGCCGGGCAUCCGGGCAGACGUGCGCCGCAGGUGCGCCGCCUGUCCGGACUGCCAGCUGGUGAAACCAGCGGCCACCCCGAAGGUCCCUUGCGCCCAUUGCCGCUCAUGGAGGUCCCAUUCGACAGAAUUGGGAUGGACCUCAUCGGACCAUUUCACCCGAGUUCACGGGGGUAUCGCUUUGUGUUAGUUCUGGUAAAUUACGCAACGCGCUACCCCGAAGCAGUGCCGCUGCGCUCCAUCUCUGCAAAGAGUGUGGCGCAAGCGCUGUUUCAGGUCAUUUCCCGAGUUGGAAUCCCGAAAGAGAUUUUGACUGACCAGGGCACGUCCUUUAUGUCACGCACGAUAAAGGAACUGUACGGAUUAUUGGGAAUUAAAGCAAUCCGCACCACCGUGUACCAUCCACAAACGGAUGGGCUGGUGGAGCGACUAAACAAAACGCUAAAUACCAUGAUCCGUAAGUUUACGCACAAGGACAAACCAAAUUGGGAUAAAUGGCUGGAUCCUCUCAUGUUUGCGAUGCGGGAGGCACCCCAAUCCUCCACUGGCUUUACGCCUUUCGAGCUAUUAUAUGGCAGAAAACCACGCGGAGUGUUGGACGUAAUUAAAGAAAGUUGGGAGGAAAGUCCAAGCUCCAGCAAAAAUGAAGUGCAGUACGUUCUGGACAUGCGAGCAAAACUCCACACGGGGGCGCACUUGUCUUGUGAGAAUUUGCUCACGACAACAGCGCACGUAUAACAAGGGGAUCAAGCUAAGAAAAUUUUCACCGGGAGAAAAAGUCCUUGUAUCACUCCCAACAUCCGUCCCAUCCUUUACAUCAGCCGUAAGCAGUCUGAAAGGGAGGCCAGGUACAGCACAGUAGAGAGGGAGUGCCUCGCCAUCAGGUGGGCGGUCGGGGCCCUCCGAUACUACCUCCUGGGGCGCUCAUUCAGCCUCUGCUCGGACCACAAACCCCUCUAGUGGCUCCACCGCAUGAAGGAUGCCAAUGCGCGGAUCACCCGUUGGUAUCUGGCUUUGCAACCCUACAACUUCAGAGUGAUCCACAGACCGGGUGCACAGAGGGCUGUGGCCGACUUCCUGUCCUGCUCUCUUCCAGGAGGGGGGGGGGUUGGCGUGACUGGACGACGUCCCGGCCUGAGUCUGGCGAUGGAGGUAUGUGAUGGGCGUGGCCUUUGCACCUGCGGGGAAGCGGGGUGUGGCAGGGCCGGCCUAGAGGUUGGCGACAGGUGAUUGGAUGUGUUUGUCGCUCUGUAAAAGGCCGCAGUCGGGAGGCGGGGGGAGAGAGAGACGGACAUAUCGUUGCUGGCAACAGAAAGACUGUGUGGAAAUGAGAGACAAAUUGCUGUAAAAAAAAGUCAGGUUUAUUGAAAAAUAAAACAUUGUUGAACCUAAA